CUUUGCCGGCUACGGGCCGAACGUAGAGAAGAGAAAGCGAUCGCCUCACGAGCGCCACUUUAGGAUCCUUCGAGGACAGCAGCAGGGGGAGCGCAGACAGCCAAGCAGCACAGCAGGCAGGCCGACUUGAGAGCCGUCAUCGGGACCGCAGGCAACAGCAGCAACGUCGAAGGACGCGCGUAGAUGACCCUCAAGUGCUGGAACGCAGCGCCGCCCCGAAAAGUACCGGCGAUCGAUACGAGCACCAGCGUCGAGACCUUGCUAGCCGCUGCAGCAGGCAACCAGAACAACAGCCACAUGGGUCGCGGUCGCGCCACCCCAAAGUCGGCGAGAUGCCGCUCGCAGUCGAGCAACUGGGACAAGGACGUCGUGGACAACUCGGGCGAAAGCGAGGACGACCGCUUUGACGUGACGGCCGCCACUAUCCCGGCGCCGUCUCACCAGAUCCACGCCAUGCCAGCGCUCUGGGUUAGCGGCCGGAGGCGGCACAGUCGCGGCCGUCCCAGACGACGUACCGUCAGCGAGAACUACAACCACGGCAACCUCAGCGUCGGUGCCGGGUAUAGCAACAAUAGCACGCCCACAGGCUCCUCCAUCAGCUCGACGCUGCCGUCCUCGCUUUCAGGUGGAGACGAGCAGCUGCGCGAAGCAGCUGCGGCCGCCGCUGCUGCGGCCGGAGGCAGUCUCAACCAGCGGCUAAGAAUCACAUCGCCCGAUGGACCGCGUUUUUCCGGCUGGGUACGAGGCCAAGCCGCCGAGGUGCAGUGGGAAGCGCUCGAUCCGAGCGUGCAGUGCGUGCGCAUCGACGUGUGCAACGUGGCGUGGGAUGUACCCACCACCAUCGCGCACCGCGUGGCGAAUGACGGCACGUUCCGCUGGCGCCGCGUGUAUUGGGGCAUGCCGAUUGCCGAGGGCUACUAUGUGAAUAUUUACGACGUGACGGAGCAGAAGGACCCGACGGACAUGCUGCUGCUGGCGCAGAGCGAGCGCUUCGCCGUCAUCAAGUGA